GGACAAGUCCAAGGGGAAAGCUAGCUGUGCGGGCGGUCUCCUGGGGGAAGCCAUCCCACCUGAUGCAGGGGGUACCCAACGGAGAGGGGCCGCAGCCACGCGCCUGCCUCUGCCCACAGCGCGGCUCCGCCACCCGAGAGUUCCCGCGAGUGGCCCCCGCGCCCCAGCCACGCGGGGGGCUGUUCGGUUGGAGGCGGGGAGCAGCCGGGGCACCAAAAUAGGAGCCGCUUGUGGGCUGGAGCUGCACUAGCAGGCAGCCUCCGCCGCGCCUCUUCCAAAGAUGGUCAGAGGGUCCGGAGGCACCUCCGCCCCCGCUCGCCCCUAGCCCGCGGGCCCGCACUGCGUCCCGUCCCGGAGCCGUCGCCGGAGCCAUGGCUCUAAAAGGACAAGAAGAUUAUAUUUACCUUUUCAAGGAUUCAGCGCAUCCGGUGGAUUUUCUGGAUGCGUUCAGAACAUUUUACUUGGAUGGAUUAUUUACUGAUAUUACCCUCCAGUGUCCUUCAGGCAUAAUCUUCCAUUGUCACCGAGCUGUUUUAGCUGCUUGCAGCAAUUAUUUUAAGGCAAUGUUCACAGCUGACAUGAAAGAAAAAUUUAAAAAUAAAAUAAAAAUCUCUGGCAUCCACCAUGAUAUAUUGGAAGGCCUUGUAAAUUAUGCGUACACUUCCCAAAUUGAAAUAACUAAAAGAAAUGUUCAAAGCCUGCUUGAAGCAGCAGAUCUGCUACAGUUUCUUUCAGUAAAGAAAGCAUGUGAGCAGUUUUUGGUAAGGCACUUGGAUAUUGAUAAUUGUAUUGGAAUGCACUCCUUUGCAGAAUUUCACAUGUGUACAGAACUAGAGAAGGAAUCUCGAAGAAUUCUAUGCUCAAGGUUUAAGGAAGUAUGGCAGCAAGAGGAAUUUCUGGAAAUCAGCCUUGAAAAGUUUCUCUUUAUCUUAUCCAGAAAAAAUCUCAGUGUUUGGAAAGACGAAGCUAUCAUAGAGCCAGUUAUUAAGUGGACUGCUCAUGAUGUAGAAAAUCGAAUUGAAUGCCUAUAUAAUCUCCUAAGCUAUGUCAACAUAGAUAUAGAUCCAGUGUAUUUAAAAACAGCUUUAGGCCUUCACAGAAGCUGCCUGUUAACCGAAAAUAAGAUCCGAUCUCUAAUAUACAAUGCUUUGAAUCCCAUGCAUAAAGAGAUUUCCCAGAGGUCCACAGCCACAAUGUAUAUCAUUGGAGGCUAUUACUGGCAUCCCUUAUCAGAGGUUCACAUAUGGGAUCCUUUGACAAAUGUUUGGAUCCAGGGAGCAGAGAUACCAGAUUACACUAGGGAGAGCUAUGGCGUUACAUGUUUGGGACCCAACAUUUAUGUAACUGGGGGUUACAGGACGGAUAACAUAGAAGCUCUUGACACAGUGUGGAUCUAUAACAGUGAAAGUGAUGAAUGGACGGAAGGUUUGCCAAUGCUCAAUGCCCGGUAUUACCACUGUGCAGUCACCUUGGGUGGCUGUGUCUAUGCUUUAGGUGGUUACAGAAAAGGGGCUCCAGCAGAAGAGGCUGAGUUCUAUGAUCCAUUAAAAGAAAAAUGGAUUCCCAUUGCAAACAUGAUUAAAGGCGUGGGAAAUGCUACUGCUUGUGUCUUACAUGAAGUUAUCUACGUCAUUGGUGGCCACUGCGGAUACAGAGGAAGCUGCACCUAUGACAAGGUCCAGAGCUACAAUUCAGAUAUCAAUGAAUGGAGCCUCAUCACCUCCAGUCCUCAUCCAGAAUAUGGAUUGUGUUCAGUUCCAUUUGAAAAUAAGCUCUAUCUAGUUGGUGGACAAACUACAAUCACAGAAUGCUAUGACCCUGAACAAAAUGAAUGGAGAGAGAUCGCUCCCAUGAUGGAAAGGAGGAUGGAGUGUGGGGCCGUCAUCAUGAAUGGAUGUAUUUAUGUCACUGGGGGGUAUUCCUACUCGAAGGGAACAUAUCUUCAGAGCAUUGAGAAAUAUGAUCCAGAUCUUAAUAAGUGGGAAAUAGUGGGUAAUCUUCCAAGUGCCAUGCGUUCACAUGGGUGCGUUUGUGUGUAUAAUGUCUGAUUAAAUCCAUAGAGAUGACCAAGUAGGUAGUCACUGUUUCAGGGUGUAGGAAAAAAAAAAAAGGGAAAUGUAGGGUUUGGAGUCUCUUACUUGUUUUUGUGGACUGGCACUUAACAGGUACAUUCCUGUUCCUAACCUCCACUCUACACCCCUAUCCAAUGAUUAAUGGUCCAGAAAAAUCUUAUGUAUACUUACAGUUGAAUCAGUGGGGUUAAAAUCUAUAAUCUUUGCCUAUCAAAGAUGAUUUGGAACAUCAGACACUUGGCAAAAGGUGAAUUGCCUUUGUGGUGAAUUUUUUUUCUCCUAAUAGCAUCAACACUGGGUGUAGGUCAAAAUCAUUCUGUAGAAUGAAAUGUCUCUUAUAGCCCUGUAAUGUAAUAGAUAGUGUACAUUAAGCUUCCAUGAGUAACAAGGAAUUUGCAAUAUAAGGAGGGAAUCUUCUCUACCUCUAAAGAAUCAAUACUUAAAAUUUUUGUCACCUUUAGCAUUAUUUAGAAUGUGGACUUAAAUCUAGUUUUUUUUUUUCCUUUGUAGCGUGUACUAUUUAUUGUAAUUAUUCCUUAUUUACUGACUACCAGAGAUAUACAAGAUACUGUGCAAAGAUUAUUACUGUUCAGAGUUUACAGACUAAAUUAAAGAGAAUGGAAAAAUCUGAAAAAUUGCAGAGAAAAUAGUUGAACAUUUGCUGAUCCUUAAAUCUAUUUUUAAUUUCAGCAUUGAUGUAAAUUGCUGGUUUAGGUGUCUUUAGUUGAAGCAUGUUAGAAAAAUGUUCUUUAUUCAUAAGUAUGAAUACAUGUCUGCAUAUGAAAUUGAAUUGUAGAGCCAGAAAGCAUAUAGAACAGUCGUGAUAUAGUAAAAAAUACAUUGAGGAAAAGAAAUUUGAAUUCAUUUGUAACAUUGGAUGGAGUCACUUAACCUCUAUUCAAUUAGAGGUGCCCUUCCCAUGUACACUGGCACUUGGGGUCAUAGAUCUGCCUGGAUAUGGAUCCCCACAACUCUUGGGGUGGCCUGGAUGGCUGGAGCUUCUGGGCCAGAAACAUGCCUGUCCAUUUUCUCCAGUGUGCAGACCGUAUCACUUUCCAUGUUUGCCAUAACUUGAGAAAAGUUGGGAAGCAUUGCUUAGGUUAAUUCAUCUGAACUUUGAGUAAAUCUGUUAGAUCAUCUCCCCACCCUCUUCAUUUUUUAAAGAGAUAGUGAUUAUUUUUAACUUUGAAUAUGUAAGUUUAAAUUUGCCUGAUGCUUCUGGGGUUUUUGGUUUGUUUGUAUGUUUAAUUUUAGAAAGAACCUGUCUAAUGCAUUCAUUUCAGAAGGCAUUUUUUAAAAAUAGAUAGAACCCUUCAGGAAUACAAUAUGGUACUACAUAGAAAGAGCCACAAAACAAUGAUGUCUUUGCUUCAUAUUCUACUCCUGAAUUUGUAAUCUAAAGAAUAAUAUAAAAACAAAACAAACAGAAUGGAAAAUGAAUGAGGUUGUUUAUGUCUGCAGUAUUUAUAAUAGCAAAAAAUUGGAAAUAACCUAAAUGUCAAAGAAGAAAGUGGGCUAGUAGAAAGAGUGAAGUCUUAUACUGCUAUUAAAAUAAUUAUUUGGAAGACUGUGUAGGAACAUGGACAUGUCUGUGAUAUGAUGAGUAAAAUAAGCACAAUACAAAAUGAUAUGCACACUAUCAUUGUGACUGUAAAAUGCAUGUGGAAGGCAGUAUGCAGAACUGAAAUUCAUUGUGUUAGUGUAGGGGUGAAUGGGAUGAUUUUAAUUUAUUUAAGUGUUUUUCUUUAAUAUUGCUUUGUAUUUUCAGUAAAAAUAAAGAAAUUGCUGUAUA